GUAAACUGACUUGAACUCACGAUAUCGGGGCGUCCCAGACGUACGCACCGACCUUUCGCACGACCUUGCCUAAUCAGCCGCUGCGCCUGUCACCAGGUGCAGGCCAAUCGACAUCCUAGGCCAGCUGGUUUUCAUAUCAAUGACGUUCCUGAUUGCAUGUCAGCAUUUGCGUCAUUCGAUUGAACUUACUUCGACGAGUCUCUUGUGUAGUGUUCUCCGCUCUGCGCGUGUACGCGCUUUGGCAAGAUUCAAGGAUGAAGUGGAUCUUUCCCGCCGUGGUGCUCGCACUCGGGACAGUUCCAGUCGGAACCAACAUCUUCGGUACGGCGCGCACAGUAACAGUGUAUGAAGACCUCCCAAUACUCCCUACCUGCGCCGACAUCACCAAUGUCUCACCAAAGCUCAAUAAAGACGCAGCUUUGCAGUCUUAUGCUAUAGUACACACUUCUCUAGUGCUCUACAUCACAAGGGGCAGUGCGAUUGCCGCUGACAUCCUCGUUCUUGCGCUGACGUGGGUCAAGUCGUUCAAGCACGUCUGGGAGAUUCGGCGGCUCAAGCUUGCCUCGUCUCUCUCGGUUGUGUUGCUCCGGGAUGGCACCAUAUAUUUCAUCGCCCUUCUCAUUAUCAAUAUCUUGCAGCUUGUGACAUACUCGGACAGUUUCUCGAAUAUCACAUAUGUCGUUGGCUUUGUCCAGUUUAUGGUGAAGAUUUCACGUACUCCGGACGCAGCGGUACUUGUUGACCAAACAUCGUCGUCCAUAGCCUCCUCUACUGGUGCAGCGCUUCAUGCUGAACCUCCGCCAGUUCAACCACUCCGCUGGGGAGAGCAGUUCGGACACACGUCAACUUUCCCAUCUCUCCAGUGUGAAUUUCAGAGUGACGCCCUCUGA